CAUCAGUGAAUCUCGGAUUCUCUCAGCUCCUUUCCCUCCUGCUCCUCGCGCUGCCCUGAUACACGCCCGCUGCCGCCGUCUCGGUCGGAGGAAUUCAUGGCCGAUAAGAAAAAACGGCGUCGUACAGAUCCCUCCGACUCUGAUCAACAGCACCUCCCCUUCAGGAACAGUCUGAAAUCCGACGAAAUAAUACUCCAGACCCUGAAAGACCUCUGCAGCAGCAGUAGUAGCGAUGGUGCCACCGGUACUUUAACCCUCUCUGACCUUGGCCUUGCCUCCACAUGCCGCGAAGUCGCCGACCUCUCACUCUCCUCCGUUCAAUCUACUAUCGAAACCCUUAUCCUCCGCCUCACCCACUCCAUUCUGUCUGGCCAAGGCUUCUCCUUCUCCGUUCCUUCACGCUCCUCCGCCAACCAACUCUACGUCCCUGAGCUCGAUCGCAUUGUCCUCAAGGAUAAGUCAUCUCUCCGCCCCUUCGCCAACGUAUCGACUGUCCGCAAAUCCGCCGUCACUACCCGAAUUCUCCAGCUCAUUCACCAGUUGUGCACCAAGAAUAUCCACGUCACCAAGCGUGACCUUUUCUACACCGAUGUCAAGCUCUUUCAAGACCAAACACAAUCCGAUUCGGUUCUUGACGAUGUUUCUUGUAUGCUUGGGUGCACCAGGUCGAGCCUCAAUGUUAUCGCAUCUGAAAAAGGGGUUGUUGUGGGGAGGCUUAUUUUUAGCGACAAUGGCGAUAUGAUUGAUUGUACAAAGAUGGGUAUGGGUGGAAAAGCCAUUCCCCCAAAUAUUGAUCGAGUUGGGGAUAUGCAGAGUGAUGCGUUGUUUAUUUUGCUUGUGGAGAAGGAUGCUGCAUACAUUAGACUGGCAGAAGAUCGAUUUUACAACAGGUUUCCAUGUAUUAUUGUUACUGCCAAAGGGCAACCUGAUGUGGCAACCAGGUUGUUCUUGAGGAAGAUGAAGACGGAGUUGAAAUUACCUGUUCUUGCCCUUGUCGACAGUGAUCCAUAUGGAUUGAAGAUUUUAUCGGUCUAUGGGUGUGGGUCGAAGAAUAUGAGCUAUGACAGUGCAAAUUUGACAACCCCAGAUAUAAAGUGGCUGGGAAUUAGGCCCAGUGAUUUGGAUAAGUAUAGCAUACCUGAACAAUGCAGAUUGCCGAUGACAGAGCAGGAUAUUAAGACUGGAAAGGAUUUGUUGGAAGAGGAUUUUGUGAAGAAGAAUCCGGGGUGGGUGGAGGAGUUGAACUUGAUGGUGAAGACGAAGCAAAAGGCUGAGAUUCAGGCUUUGAGCACUUUUGGGUUCCAGUACUUGUCUGAGGUUUAUUUGCCACUAAAGCUGCAGCAACAAGAUUGGCUGUGAGUGCGGAGGAUUGAAUGAAUAGGGCUACGUUAAUGACAAACACACCAUUUCUUGUUCUAGAUUCAGGCAUAAGGCCUGGAAAGAUGUUUGUUGAUGCUCAAUUUUCAUGUAUCCUUUUACUUCAUUGUUGGCGGAAUAUUUAGAUUCCAGAAUGAUGAAUCUUCCCAUGGUAUUGGAAUUUCUACUAGGACCAGAAGGAAUAUGAAAAAUUUCACUAUAUUGAUCAAUCUUAAUCUUUGCGUCUUAGGUAUGCAUACAGCAUAUAUAUGUAAGGUUGCGAUUGUUUUUAUUUAGUUGUUCGUUUUUCCUU